AUGGCUGACGAGGUCAGCAUCGACGUUGCGCAGUUCCACACGCGGCUGGCGUCACUCAUCACUCAGUGGAAGGCAGACAAGCGCAGCGGCAACAAUGUCUUUGGCGACGCCAACAGCAUCGCCAUCGUCAUGGGUAAGAGCGAUCCGGACACGACAGGCUUCCACAAGGCCAACGCGACGCAGUUCUGGCUGCUGGGCUACGAGUUCCCCGCUACCCUGAUGCUCUUCACGAUGGAGACCAUGUAUAUCGUCACCACGCAAAAGAAGGCCACCUACCUCGAGCCGCUUAAGGGUGGCAAGACGAAUGUCGAGAUCAUGGUACGGAGCGGGAAGGACGAGGCGGGCAACAUGAAGCAGCUGGAAAAGGUGAUGGAUAUCAUCAAGAAUGCUGGGAAGAAGGUUGGCGUGAUCACUAAGAAUCUCUCGUCAGGACCGAUGGUACAGCAGUGGGCGACAGCUUUUGGUGACAUUAGCAAGGAAGUCGAGGAAGUGGACAUCAGCCCAGCGCUUUCGGCUGUCAUGGCUGUCAAGGACGAGAACGAACUGCGAUCCAUCAGCAGCGCGUCACGUGCUUCCGCGAACAUCAUGCAGGACUAUUUCAUCGACACCAUGUCCGAUAUUCUCGACAAAGAGAAGAAGAUCACCAAUCGAGCGCUUGCCGACAAGGUCUCAAACAAACUUGACGAUGACAAGUUCUUCCGGCAGACGAAGAUGCCGUCCAACUUCGACUCCAUGCAGCUGGAUUGGAGCAUCCACCCGACUGUCAUGAGCGGCGGGAACUUCGACCUCAAAUUGAGCUCAGAGCCGGACGACAACAACUUACAUGCUGGUGUCAUCAUUUCUGCGCUUGGUCUUCGGUAUCAGACCUACGGAUCGCAGGUAGCGCGCACGUACCUGGUUGAUCCUACAAAGCAGCAGGAGAGCAUGUACAAGCUGCUUUUGAAUGUGCACGAGACGGUGAUCAAGGAGAUGCGGGACGGUGUUGUGGCGCGAGACGUCUACAGCAAGGCGCUUCAGGUCAUCAAGAAUAAGAAACCGGAACUGGAGAAGAAUUUCGUGAAGUCGGUCGGUGCGGGUGUUGGCAUUGAGGCGCGGGAUAACACCCUUGCGUUGAACGCUAAGAACCAGCGGACAUUGCGGGAUGGUAUGACCUUCACCAUUACCACCGGGUUCUCAGACCUCCAGAAUCCACAGGCAAAGAACCAGAAGCGGGACGGCACAUACGCGCUGAUGCUCUCUGAUACCGUCCGUGUCACGACUGGCAGCGAUGCGUUCGUCUACACCAAGCAUGCGGCGAUGGACACCGAGGCUACCAUGUUCUUCUUCAACGACGAAGAGGAAGAGGUGAAGGAGGAGAAGCCCAAGCAGAAGAAGGAUUCGCGUGUGGGUGCUGUUGCAUCUUCAAACAUCACCAAGACCAGGCUGCGAGGACAGGGAGGCGCGACUCAAAACGAAGAGAAGGAGCAGGCGCGGAGGGAGCAUCAAAAGGAGCUGCAUGCAAAGAAGCAGAAAGAGGGCAGUGAAAAGUAUGUUGAAGGCCACGGCAAUCUCAACGGCGUUGAGGAGAAGAAGUUCAAGCGCUUCGAAUCGUACAAGCGUGAUAUGAACUUCCCGCCACGGGUGAAGGACUUGAUCAUCGUGGUCGACGCAAAGAACAGCUCCGUCAUUCUGCCGAUCAUGGGCCGACCGGUACCAUUCCACAUCAACACACUCAAAAACGCGACCACUAGCACGGAAGGCGAGUUCUGCUUCUUGCGCAUCAACUUCCUUUCGCCUGGUCAGGGUGUAGGCAGGAAGGACGAUUCUGCUCCCUUCGAAGACCCUUCGGCGCAGUUCAUCCGCUCACUCACGUUCCGCAGCAAGGACACGGAUCGCAUGGAGAGCGUGAAAGAUCAGAUCACAGAGAUGAAGAAGGUGUCGCUCCGCAGAGAACAAGAGAAGAAGGAGAUGGAGGAUGUCGUUGAGCAAGACAAGCUCAUUGAGAUUCGCAACCGCCGGCCACACAGGCUCGACAACAUCUACAUGCGUCCGGCGAUGGAGAGCAAGCGCAUUGGCGGACAUGUCGAGAUCCACCAGAACGGUCUGCGGUACCAGCAUCUCGGCAACGCGAGAGUCGACAUUCUGUUCAGCAACGUGAAACAUCUUUUCUUCCAGCCUUGCGUUGGUGAGCUGAUUGUGAUCAUACAUGUCCACUUGAUCAACCCGAUCAUUAUUGGCAAGCGCAAGACGAAGGACGUCCAGUUCUACCGCGAAGCGACCGAGAUGCAAUUCGACGAGACUGGCAACCGCAAGCGGAAGCAUCGAUAUGGCGACGAAGAGGAGUUUGAGGCUGAGCAAGAAGAGAAGCGGCGCCGUGCUCAGCUCGACAAAGAGUUCCGCAACUUCGCCGAGAAGAUCGCUGAUGCUGGCAAAGGCGAGGGUCUGUCAGUAGACAUGCCCUUCCGCGAUCUCGGCUUCAAUGGUGUGCCCAGCCGCAGCUCCGUCACCAUCCAGCCUACCACGGACUGCCUUAUCCAGAUUACGGAGCCACCUUUCAUGGUUGUCAGCCUCAAUGACGUCGAAGUCGUCCAUCUCGAGCGCGUGCAAUUCGGCCUAAAGAACUUCGACAUGGUCGUGAUCUUCAAAGACUUCACCCGCGCCCCUGUACACAUCAACACCAUCCCGGUCGAAUCCCUCGACGGCGUCAAAGACUGGCUCGACUCGGUCGACAUCCCAUUCAGCGAAGGCCCGCUGAACCUGAACUGGACCACGAUUAUGAAGACGCUCGUCGCGGACCCGCACGCGUUCUUCGCAGAUGGGGGCUGGAACUUCUUGGCUGCAGAGAGCGACGAUGAGGGUAGCGAGGAGGAAGAGGAGGAGAGUGCGUUUGAGGUCAGCGAGGAGGAUAUGGCGAGUGAGGAGAGUAGUGAUGAUGAAAGUGAUUUCGAUGAAGAGGCGAGUGCGGAGGCGAGUGAUGAGGAGGCUAGUGAUGAGGAGGAGGGCGAGGAUUGGGAUGAGAUGGAGAAGAAGGCUGCGAAGAAGGACCGCGAGGGCCCGGAGGACGAUGAUCGGAGGAAGAAGAGUAACGGCAAGAAGCGGUAA